AUGGGCGCAUCAGGUCAGUUUGUACCUAUUCGGAACAGUUCAAGUUCGGAACCGAACUACGAACUUUUGGAAGAUGUCGAAGAUCUUAAAUGGAGAACUAUCACGCCAAAUUCAAGGGAAACCACGAAUGGCGGUCAGCACAAAAGUGCCAAGAGGUUUGUUGCGAGCAAAUUUGACGGGUUGCGCAAAAAAUCAACCACUGUAGAAACCAAGACGUUGUACUUUUGCGACCUUGAAACUGGGCGAUGCGGGUUUGUCCAGUUUUUGUACUCGAGGGUGUUGGGAGAUGUUUACAAGACUUUCAGGUUCAACUUCAAAGUUUUCGGAAGUGAUGGUGACUUGGACGGUAGCGGCAGCGGCGAAACCGAUGUGUGGGAAAGUUUGAAAAUCGACGACCCGUCCUAUGUCUCGCAGUUCGAGCUUGAAAGCUCAAACUUCAAGUAUGAAAUCGCCAACGCACCAGGGAAUGAUGGUAUUGGUUUUGUCUCGAUUCGUGUGAAUGCGCCGCAGCAAAAAAACCGGGGUGAGAUGUCACUGGAUUUAGCUGUCCGUUUGGGUUGUGGAUUCAAAAUCAAACCGGAUGGCUCCAGCUAUUACAAUGGGUCUAGCGUAAACAAAGCCAAUAUAGCAGCGCCUCAUGUUGAUCUUAUGCGUCAUGUUUUCGUACCGCUUGGAACAUGUGAUGGCACAUUGAAGUACACUUCCAAUUCCGGGAAACAAGUGCAAUUUAAUCUCGCGAGUACGCCCAUCGUAUUCAUCAGUGCGCUCCAGGGUGUAGCCCCUAACAAAGCCGCCCGGCAAUGGAAUUUUGCGACUUUUCGAAGCCAUACUUUGGGUAUGAUUUUCAUGGAAUUUACCACACCAGCCGAGUACGGACAAUGGACAGUGACUGUCAGUGCAGUAGCACAGGAAAAUGGGCCCCUAGAAGUGUACGCUGUAUCUAACUCGGCAGAGACCUCGCAUGCGUCUCAUUUGCAUGCGCGUGCUCUUGCGUCCAAGCAAGAACCGCAGUCACUCUGGCGAUUUCCUACGUCUAUUGCGAUGCCUCUACCGCCACAUUGCAUGCAAGACGCGUCAAGCGCGACUUAUUUUGAGGAACAUGGUCUCCGCUUGGUGAACAAAUACGACGUUUUGCAAGAGCUACCAUCCAUAGUCAAAAACGUCGUGAACAGCAUCGCAGGAAUUAAGCCGUUCAUUUUCCAGUUCUGUCAGCGCUCUAAUCUAAGAGGCCAGCCUGGUAUAUCCAUAGUUGAGACAACUUUUAUCAGCUGA